AUGAAAAAAAAGGAUAAAAAAAACAAAAAGCAUUAAAACAAUAAGUAAUCAUAUCCUAAUUUCAUGAAAAUGAUUGAAGAAAGAAAUGUAUAAUAAUAAAUAUAAAUAUAGUUUGAUGAUUUUAUAUCUUCAUUUCGUGAUUUUCAUCCAACGAAUGUCUGUUAAUGUGCUUUUAUUUAUACUUAUAAACCAUAAGAGAAAUUAUCAAUUGAUGAAGAUGCUGUAUUUGUUUAUGAUAAUAAAAUUUGGUUUGUACGUGUUGAAGAGAUAAUUAAAAUUGUAAUUAAUGGAGAGGAAGCAGGAUUUAUAAAGGGAAGAAUUUAUUUGUAAAAAUAAGAUGUUUUAUAAUUACAUGAGAAAAUAUAAGAAUGUACAGAUGAUGAUUUGUUUUUAACAGAAUAAACAAAAUGGUUCUUUAGCAGAGAAUUAAAAUAAAAAAUAUUAGUAUAUAAUCUGAAUGAUAUAAUAUAUAAUAAUGUAGAUUCAAAACCAGGAUCAUAUUAUACUCGUUCAGAAUUCAAUACUGAAUCUUAAAUGUUUUUAACUCCUAUAGAGGAGUGGGCAACUGAGUGUGUUUGUAAGAAAUUAUUUGAUAAUUCUUUGGGUUAUUUAUAAUGUGAUAGAUGUGAAAGAUGGAUUCAUAAUGAUUGUAGUGGAUUAUCUUAAGAAGUACUUGAAAAUAUGGGUGAUCUUAACUUUAAUUGUUCUAUUUGUGUAGGUGAAAUGAAAAUAGAAAAAAUUAAAUAAAAAUAAGUUGAUGAUAAAAAGUAAAAAACAGGAGUAUCAACAAAUAAUGAUAAGGAAAAUAAAGAAAAUUAAAUUGUUGAAGAGAAUCUUCAAAUUUAAAAGUAAGAUCGAAAACCUUUAUUAACUAAAAAGUUAUUAGAUUAAAAUCCUUAUAGAAAAUAAAUUUUAAAUUUAAUGAAUUUUAAGAAACCAACUUAGAAAAUGAAAAGUAAAUGA